AUGGGGAGGGCUCCAUGUUGUGACAAGGCAAAUGUGAAGAGAGGUCCAUGGUCUCCUGAAGAAGAUUCAAAGCUUAAAGACUACAUACAGAAUCAAGGCACUGGUGGGAAUUGGAUUGCUCUUCCUCAAAAAGCUGGUUUAAGGAGAUGUGGGAAGAGUUGCAGACUGAGAUGGUUGAACUAUUUAAGACCAAACAUAAGACAUGGAGAUUUCACUGAGGAAGAAGACAAGAUUAUUUGCAGCCUCUUUGCCUCCAUUGGAAGCAGGUUAAAAAAACUGUAA